AUGUCACAAGAAAAUAUAGAUAAUAAUAACAUACCGCAAGAUGAAAUAGAUAAUAAUCACGAUGAAGAAGGAUUUAUAAAUUUAGAAGAAGUCCAGGAAGAAAUCAUCGAUGAUGAUAUUAAUAGACAACCACCGAAUGAUGAUGAUGAAGAAGAUAUAGAUAUGGAUCAUGAUCAUGAUCAUGAAACGUUAGAAAUUGACAUGUCUAACAAUUCAUGGACUUAUUUCGAUCAACAUAAAGAUUCCAUUUUCACAGUUUUCAAACAUCCAAAAUUUCCAAUGGUUUUCACUGGUGGUGGUGAUAAUACUGGAUAUUUGUGGACUACACAUACUCAGCCACCUAAAUUGGUUGCCGAAAUUGAAAAUCAUAAAGAAUCAGUCAUAUCUGGUGGUUUUACACAUGAUGGUAAAUAUUUAGUAUCUGCAGAUAUGAAUGGAUUUCUUCAAGUUUUCAAAUCACAAAAAGGAGGAGAAAAAUGGGUUAAAUUUAGUGAAUUAGAUGAAGUUGAAGAAAUUACAUUUGUAACAAUACAUCCAACACAAUUAUAUUUUGCAUUUGGUUCGAGUGAUGGUUCAAUAUGGGUUUAUCAAAUUGAUGAAACUACAAAACUGUUGGUUCAAAUCAUGUCGGGUUUCUCACAUACUUUAGAAUGUAAUGCUGGUGAAUUUAUAAUAAGCAAAGAUGAAAAUGAAUUAACAUUAAUUACAAUUUCAGAAGAUGGUACAGUUGUAAAUUGGAAUUGCUUUACUGGUCAAGCUAAUUAUAAAUUACAACCACAUGAUGAUUUCAAAGGUAUUGAAACUCCAUGGGUUACUCUAAAACAAUAUGAAAAUUUAAUUGCAAUUGGAGGAAGAGAUGGUCAAUUAUCAAUUAUAAAUAAUGAUUCUGGGAAAAUUGUAGUUUCAUUAAAAACAUUGGAAAAUGUAGAUGAUUUAGCUGAAUUAUCAAUUGAAGCAUUAGAUUGGUGUAAGAAUAAAAAUAUAAAUUUAUUAGCUGUUGGGUUAGUAAGUGGUGAUAUUUUAUUAUUUGAUACUUUACAAUGGAGAUUAAGAAAGAAUUUAAAAGUAGAUGAUGCAAUAACAAAAUUGGAAUUUUUAAAUGAUACUCCAAUCUUAAUUGGUUCUAGUAUGAAUGGUAAAAUUUAUAAAUGGGAUUCAAGAACUGGUGAAGAAAUAUUUACUGGUGUUGGUCAUAAUAUGGGGGUAUUAGAUUUUGCAAUAUUAGAAAAUGGUAAGAAAUUAGUAACAGCUGGUGAUGAAGGUGUUUCAUUACUAUUCCUAGAUGAGAAGUAG